UUAUUUCUCGUCGCGUCCCGGUCGGACAACAAUGGCGAUGGCUUUGACCCAAGAGUCCGUUUUGUCUUUUUUACUGGAGCGGGGAGGCAAAGUGAGGAACGCUGAGCUGCUCGGCCACUUCGGCGCUCUCAUCCACGGCGCCUCGCCCGUGGAACAGCAACACAAUAGGGAGCUGUUCAAGAAGUUGGUCAACAGCGUGGCCGUGGUUCGCCAGACGGACGGGGUGAAGUUCGUGGCGGCCAAGAAGCGGUAUCAGGACUUUGUGAAAGAUGUGCUGCACGACACUUUGUCUACUUCAAACUCGACUUUUUGCGCAUCGCCUCAUCCACUGCGAGCUGCUCAGAUCGGUUAUUCGGAUGUGGAGAAUAAUAACAAUGCGUGCUGCCCGUCGCACGUGAAUUCGCAAAGAAGUAACUCGGACACUACUCUAAAAGUGUUGAACAUUUGUGGAGAUCGAGUGGGUAGCAGCAGAUCAUCGGGAGCUGUGUUUGCCGUCAUAGCGGUCCCUUCGCCUCCUUCCAAAGUGUCUGCACCACAAGAGAAACCAAAAUCUCCAUCCCAACCUCAUCUUCCAGCUUGCAAUGACGACAGAGCCCCGCAAAACCGGAGAAACGCUUGGGCAGAUGACCCGAACAAAAGUCCUCCGAAGCAGGCCGAUGAAGCCGAGUGCUCGGUGCCCCUGGAGCCCCUGGAUCACGAGUGGCUGGUGAAGUGUGCCGCCGGGCUGUGGGGGCACGUCCAUGCCAUGCUCCUGCAGGACGCCCGCCUGGCUCAGAAAAAGGACUUCAUAUCAGGCUUCACGGCGCUGCACUGGGCUGCCAAGGACGGCAACGGCGAGAUGGUCCACAAGCUGAUGGAUAUCGCCCGGAGGAGAGGGGCAUACGUUAACGUCAACGGAAAAGCCCACGGGGGCUACACGCCUCUUCACAUCGCCGCCAUACACGGCCACACGGAGGUCAUGCUUCUACUGGUGGAACGCUAUGGAGCGAGUGUCAACGAGAGGGACAAUGACGGCAAGAAGGCCUGCCAUUACCUUGGCACUGGUGUGUCAGAGGAGAUCUGGGCCCGCAUGGGAGGUGUGCAACUAUCGAAAUACUGGGACAAGACGGACGACGAGGAUUACUGGGAGCAACCGAAAGGUCUCAGUAAGAUGUUCCAGCCUCACAAGAAGCACAAGCAUGCGACAAGGCUCACUCAUGACUAGUGCAAAUCAGCAGGCUUUGCUUAUCUUGUUUGUUAUGUGCUGUACCCGACCCAGCUACCAAGUGAUUGGAUGUGGCUCCUCCUUUGUGUGUGU